CGAGCGGUCAGCAGCAGUGGACACAGUCUUGCGCUGCCUGCGGGAGGAGAACAGGUUUCGCUGCCUGAGGGGCUGGAGGGAGGAGAAGUACGAGGUGAUGGCGCGAUGCUGUGACCAGCCCCUCCUGGCGAUGGAGCGCUCGGCUACCAGCCUUUUCGGUGUGAAGCGCUAUGGCGUCCAUGUUAACGGGUUCACGCGCCAGGCGGACGGGCAGCUGACCAUGUGGGUGGCGCGCAGGUCCCUCAGCAAGCCCACCUACCCUGGACUCCUGGACAACAUGGUGGCCGGAGGGGUGGCCUGUCGGACCACCAUCGCAGAGACUCUGGUGAAGGAGUGCAUGGAGGAGGCGUGCAUCCCAGAGUGCAUCGCAAAGCUGGCACGGCCCGUGAGCACUGUCAGCUACACGUAUGAGGACGAUGAGGGGGUCUUCCCAGAGAGCCAGUUUGUGUUUGACCUAGAGGUGCCCCACGAUUUCGCCCCAGAGAUUGGAGAUGGGGAGGUGCAGGCAUUCUACCUGUGGCCCAUGGACAAGGUGAAGGAGGUGCUGGUCAGUGCAGAGUUCAAGCCCAACAGCGCCAUGGUUGUACUGGACUUCCUGCUACGCCACUCCUACUUGCACCCCGACACUGAGCCUUACUAUCAGGAGCUUGUGGUGGGGCUGCACCGGCCACUGGGACCCUGACUGGCAGAAGGCUGCGCCCAGGAACCCCCCCCCCGCGAGCUGGAACCAGCUGCCUGCUGUCCGUUCCCUCUGCAGAUGAGGAAACUUGAGAGCCAGGGUCUCUCAGCUACGGGCAGGGAAAGUGGAGUGUUACUGUCGGAGCUCGUUUGUUUUGAGCCGUAUAGCUCUGUAGCUUCACUCCAGUGCUGAUCCUUUAAUUUGAUAAAAUACCCUUGUUUCCACA